GCAAGAAAACAAUUUGAAUACAUAACAUAGUGCUCAGUGGUUUGUGUCAAGUGCCAAAUGGCUCUCAGUUCGUUAUGAUGGAGACAUUUCUUGUCCUUGGUCUAUGUUUUAUACUGUACGAAGCAUUGGAUUUUUUUCAAGGAUGCAUACAUAGUACAACACCCUCUGCAAGUGAUCAAAUUGAUGCGUAUCGUCGUCACUUGGACGAACAGCGCCAAAAGCAACAAGAAGAACAGUUCUUGGCCAAUUUAACUCCUCUACUGAGUGCUCAACUUGCUGCGGCCGGUUUUAACUUAUCGACUGCCACAACACCGACUGCUUCGACGGCAAGUGUUAUAAGUGACUUGAAAGCUCAAGUUCAAACUGAAUCUGAGAAUUAUUCCGUAAGUACGCCCGCGCUGAAUUCCGGCGGAAGCAGUGGAGCAAGUGCUGAAAGUGGAUUCAGGCCAGCUAAUCGUAGUGUUUACGAAGCACAACAAUUACAAAAUACCUCGUCUUUGCCCAGAGAUUACUACUAUUUGCAGCAACAACAGUUGAAGAACAAGAAUUCCUCUAAAUCGUUACUAUCAAAAUUUUCAACCUCUGGUUCCGACAAUCGCAUUUUUCCUGAAGCUCCCAAUAUUUUGGGAAAUCCGGCAGGAGUUAUCACAACACAACCUCAGUUACAACACCAGCGCAACUCAUUCGAUUUGCCAACACCGAUCAUCCCUGAGCCACCGGCCAAUUCUGUUGCCCACGACUUGAAGAGUGCCCUUUUGAAAAACCACAACAAUAACAACGACGAUCCCAAAAUUCUCUCUCGUCACAACUCACAGACAACCCUGUCAUCUCACGACGUAUCUUCCUCCUCCGAAGAAGAAGACGACUCUGAAGCAUCGUCAACACAAGGAGAAGCUUCGCUCGAUUCUUGCCCCUACAACUCUGAUCACGACAUCAACGAAGAUCGGACGUUCACAGUGGGUUCGUGUUCAUCAUCGCAUGCAGAUUUUCGAGAAAUUGAAUGUGAACGCCUCCGUCGCCAAUGUGUGAGCGUUAAACGCAUUUAUAGCAUAUCGGAGAAAUUUUAGAAAAAUCAAAACAUCUAAAAUUCAAAAAUAGAAAAACAAUUCUUAAAAAAUAUUUACAAAAACUUUAUUGGUAAAAGAUUUGCUGAAAAAAAUUAUUGUUAACAAAAAAGGUAUUACCCAGUGAAAAACUAAAAUUUCUAAAAAAAAACACAGAAAAAACAUAAGAAAAAGCACACACUCACACCUUUUUACGUAUCAAUCUUCAUUAUCACAAUUGCACUUUUAUUUCAAUCUAAGAGAAAUUCACGCAUAUUCAAGCAUUUCACGCAUAUGUUUUCGUAAGUAAAUUCACAGUCACGUAACUUUUAAUCACAACAUGAUCGAUCUUACGUAUAAGAAACUCCAUUCAUUUAUUCACUUCCACAUCACUGUUAAAUAAUU